AUGUCAGGCAAAAACGACGAGCAGCCGCCUCCUUAUGGAGGUGCCCCGAACCCUCCCAAGGCCACAUACCCAGGAGCAGGUCCGGCGCAAUCGCCAUACCAACAAAAUGACCCUUAUGGGCCUCCUCAGCAGCAGCAGCAGCAGCAGCCUUACUAUCAGCCCGGUCCGCAGAUGGGAUACCAUCAGCAGCAACAGGGACAGUACGGUCAACAACCAUACGGCCAGCAGCAGUACGGGCAUUAUGGACCGCCACAAGGACAAUAUCAACAGGGACCGUAUCAGCAAGGCCCUUACAACCAGCAACAGGGCUACCCGCCGCAAGGCAACUUCGGAAACAACGACAGAGGCAUGGGCGGUGCAGCCACUGGCAUUCUCGGUGGUCUGGCUGCGGCCUGUGCUUGUUGCUGCUGCAUGGACAUGCUUUUUUAA